CGGUAGUGUCUUCCCUGGAAAUUCUCUUGUAUCCAGGACAACACUAGAAUGUUCUGUGAUGUCAGCAGUGUUGUGGUGACACCAACUGCCUGAGCGAUUUCCGUUCAUUUCCUAAUGGGUUCCCGAGGAGGCAUGUUCUCCAGGAUCCUCAGUUUCUUUCGGAGGGACAAUCAUAUCCAUGCAGAGACAAGACCAAGGCAGAGGGAGGCCAGCCUUCUAUCACGUUGGAGAAGAAGACGAAUGGAAAGGUCCUUGAGGAGGUCAAAGUCUGAUCAGAAGGCAUCAUCCCAACCCUCCACGACACCUGUUGAGGAGGAGAGAAUGAAGCGAUUGGAGAAGCUCAAAAUUGCUCUCCAGAAGAUGCAAAAGGAGAGAGAUGAACUCAGGAGAAUCCUGGCGGAUUACCCGGGAAAGAAUUUAAAUGACAGGAACAACUUUGAGUCCGAGAUGCUCAUGAUGCAGCAUGAGGAAGUGAUGACUGACAUGAAGAAAAUGAGCGAGCAGGUCAAUAGAGCUUUGGUCAAAUGUAAACACCUCACACUGGAGAAUGACUGGUACUGGUUAUGCUCCAUGGCUACUGUGGACUUGGACUAUAAUCUGGGGCUCUCUUUGGAUCAGGACCCUAGAAGGAGGAAUGGACUUGGAGAAGUGGGAGGAAGUUGGAGACUGGCUGGGAUUCACCAUUUUUUCUUUGUGUCUCAGCCACAGCUUCUAUCCCCUCCUAACUGAGUUUUUUGAGCUGAAGAACAAUGCCCAGAGAGCACGGAAUGACAACAGGGAGCUUCUAUGGGAUCAGAUUGCACUGGAAGAGUCCAUUAAGGAAACAACAAGGAUCUGUGGGGAAGCCAGUAUGAAAAUCCGUGUACCAAGCAGCCUCAGGUCUGAAACACUGCAGCAGAAGCUUUCCCAGGGCCCAGACCAGGACUACAGCUCUCAGAGACAGAACUGUCCACCAGGAGCACUGAGGGUGCAAAGAUUGACAACACCUCCCGCAUCUCAGUCCUUGUAACCGCACCAAUCUUGGGCUGAAUUUGAAAGACCUUGAGAUGUGGCAUGGAACAUGCCUCACGUUUAACCUUUUGACGACUUGUCCAUCAACAACCAACCACCCCGAAUGAGGCAGGUCUACAUUCCUCUUGAAGAGUUUUUUACCAUCUUACCUGCCGUUCUGCUGUGUCUACAAGGCCAGCAACAGGCUGGAGUUACAUGUUGAAAAAUCAGAAGCAAUUGCAUGCAGACUAAUUUACUUGUCAUAUUUGGUUUUUAGUUUGAAGUUUGGUUGUUUUAUGCAUUUGGUUUUAUUUGUUUAAGUUUGAAGUUUUGUUAUUCAUUUGUUAACUUUAGUUUUUUUAAUUAAUAUGCCAUAUUCCUAAGGCUAUAUACAUUGAACUCAUUGACUCCCCACUUUAAAAUGUUCUUGAAUAAAUUAAUGUUUGUCUAUAAAUAAAAAUGUGACCUUUAACCCUUCACUCACAA